AAUGCUUGCACCACAAACGCAAACGAAAAUUGUUCUUGAUUUCUUUAGCCGCCGCGACGCCAUUGAUGGAAGCAGACGAAGUAAUGGAGCUCUAUGAUUCUUACUGGUUUCAGCUCGGAAUCUUCGAAAAGCAACCAAAUUCAGCAAACCCAUCAAGGAUUGAAGCAGACCCAGUUCUUGAAAUUGAAGAAGAACCAUCAAAACCAGAGCUUUUACGCAUCCCGACCCUCCUCCAUACCAGGUCCAUGAGCGACGAAUUGAGCUCCAAAACAAGCUUCAACUUCAGCUUCUGUCCCUCACCAGACUCAGUCCUCCACAGACCAAAGCUCUCCACCAUUCUUUCUGGCAAGGAAGCCACAGAAGUUGAAACCCCAAUACAGAGACAUGUCGAAGAGUCGCCAAAGAACAUUACAAGACGGAGGAGGAAGAAGAAGAAGGGUGAGAGCAAGAGCUUGACAGACCUUCAAUUUGAAGAGCUAAAAGGGUUUAUGGAUCUUGGUUUUGUUUUCUCAGAGGAAGACAAAGAAGAUUCAAACUUGGCUUCAAUCAUUCCUGGGCUGCAAAGAUUAGGGAAGGACGGCCAAGAUGAGGUCUUUGAUGAGUCUGCAAUUCCAAGGCCUUACCUUUCUGAAGCUUGGAAGGUGAGGGAUCAAAGAAAGAGAGAGAAGCCAUUGAUGAAUUGGAGGUUUCCUGCGUUGGGCAAUGAAAUUGACAUGAAAGACAAUCUCAGAUGGUGGGCUCACACAGUUGCUUCCACAGUUAGAUGACGAAUACUCUGCUUCUAAGGUUUCUUUCCUUUUUUUCUUUUUGGGUUUUGAUUCAAUUUCUCUUUCAGUUCUGUAUACAGAAGAUUCAGGUCAAUCAAUAUUGUUUUACAAUCUUGUAAGUGUAAAUAAAGGUAGAAUUUUUUUCAUGAUCA